AUGGCACCAACACGUGAAGCCUAUCGAGAAAUGGUCACAGAAUGCAGCUCAUACUACCGCACUCGUCAGCAGCCUAGACAACUAGCAGAGGUUGCCGAUUUCGUGCGCAGAUACACGUCAGAUGCCGCUAUCACUUGGUAUACAAAAGCUUGCUUUCUGCAUCGUCUUCUGAACAAAGCUCUUCGUUCCGACGACAUAACAGCUCUGUGGACGUUCCGCUAUUUCAUUCGUGACCUCUGCUCAAGUUUGGCCAAUCGAAAGCUUGUAGUGGAAGCUCCACUGAGUCUAUAUCGUGGCGCGAAGUUGGCUCGGUCAGAAUUAGAGCAGUUGCGCAUAGGCAGUUUAGUUUCUACCAAUGGAUUCUUGUCAACAUCGCGUCGGUGCGAUGUCGCUGCACUAUUUGCUGGUUCGAAUGUACACCGCGAGGAUCCAUACCAAUGUGUCAUGUUCGAAGUUGAAAUUCAACCGAAUGUUUCUGCAGAAGCUGUGUUCGCGGACAUCAGUGCAUUAAGUGAGAUACCCGAUGAGAGUGAAGUGCUCUUCGAUCUUGGCACUCUGUUUGAAAUAACUGACCUCCAUCUUGACACCAUUCACGAAGUUUGGCACAUCCACUUACGUUUAUCAGCCGAGAUACCAUUGCAACAGUAG